AUGAAAGGGAUCAAAAAGCUUACCAGUGAGCCCCACAUGCCUCCAGGUGUGACAUUUGCUAGGAAUACGACUGCUGCCAACAUUUUAACUAAGCCUUCCAUGACAAAAGUGAAAAGAAAAGGAGAGACGGGAUCUCCUUGUCUUAAGCCUUUGUGUGAUGCAAAGAAACCUUUUGGGAGAUUCAUUUAUGAUAAUGGGCAACUUUACAGUGGAGAUGCAAAAGAGCCGUUUGGGGAAGGGGAAACCAGCUUGCUCAUAACUGUUUUAAGUCUGUUAGCAAGAAGUUCUUCAGGGCUCUCAGUCCGUCACAUAGCAUUUGCUGAAGGCUCUGUGCCAUACUUGUGGAAUCCAUUUUCUGUGGCACCUCAAAAAGCCCUUGACACAAUUGGGAGAACAUUGAAUGAACAAUAUGAGAGGUGGCAACCUAGGGCACACUACAAGAUCUCCUUGGAUCCUACUGUUGUUGAUGUUAAGAAACUUUGCACAACAUGUAGACAGUAUGCCAAGUCAGAACGAGUUCUGUUCCAUUAUAAUGGACAUGGUGUGCCAAAACCAACAUCCAAUGGUGAAAUUUGGCUAUUUAAUAAGAGUUAUACGCAGUAUAUCCCAUUGCCGAUUACUGACCUGGACUCUUGGUUGAAGACACCAUCGAUCUAUGUCUUUGACUGCUCAGCUGCUGGGAUGAUUGUUAAUACCUUUAUAGAGCUCCAAGACUUGACUGUCUCUGAUUCCUCUGGACCUUCUACGAGAGAUUGUAUUCUGCUUGCUGCUUGUGAAGCACAUGAGACACUUCCUCAAAGUGCUGAAUUUCCUGCUGAUGUUUUCACUUCCUGCCUCACAACUCCAAUCAAAAUGGCAUUGAGAUGGUUUUGCACACGGUCAUUGAUUCGUGAGUCACUUGAUUAUGGUCUAAUAGAUCGAAUUCCUGGACGCCAAACUGAUCGAAAGACACCUCUUGGUGAAUUGAAUUGGAUUCUCACUGCAGUAACUGACACAAUUGCCUGGAAUCCACGAGAUCUAUUUCAAAAAUUGUUCAGGCAAGACCUAUUAGUUGCUAGUUUAUUCAGAAAUUUUUUACUUGCUGAAAGAAUCGUGCGUUCUGCAAAUUGUUCACCAAUUUCAUACCCAAUGCUACCACCUACUCAUCAGCACCACAUGUGGGAUUCUUGGGACAUGGCAGCAGAAAUCUGCCUUUUGCAGCUUCCUACUUUGAUUGAUGAUCCGAAUGUGGAAUUUCAGCCUAGCCCAUUCUUCACGGAAGAGUUGACAGCUUUUGAGGUUUGGCUUGAUCAUGGAUCAGAGAAUAAAAAUCCACCAGAGCAGUUGCCCAUUGUUCUACAGGUGUUACAUACUCAAUGCCACCGGUUCCGUGCACUGGUUCUUCUUGGGAGAUUUCUCGAUAUGGGACUUUGGGCUGUAGAUCUGGUCUUGUCUGUUGGAAUAUUUCCUUACGUUCUAAAGCUUUUGCAAACCACGACUCCAGAGCUUAGGCAAAUUCUUGUCUUCAUUUGGACGAAGAUCCUUGCUGUUGAUAAGCUUGCAUCUGGUGAGAUUUCUUCUAUCAUGGCUUGGGAUCUUGACAAAGAGCAGCUUGUAAAUACUACUCCAACAUCCUCGGAUUACAGCAUCUCAGCAUUGUCUGCUUCUCAAGUUCAUGCGGGUCAAUUUGUUGCUGGCUUCGUGGAUGGAUCGGUCAAACUAUUCGAUAUUCAAAUGCCAGAAAUGCUUGUUUGUGCAACACGACCUCACCCCGAAGUGGAAAGAGUUGUUGGGGUUGGCUUUCAACCUGAACUUCAACCAGCGAAGGUUGUCAGUGCAUCUCAGGCUGGUGAUAUUCAGUUCCUUGAUAUGAGAAAUCUCAAGGAGGCAUACUUGACCAUUUAUGCUCACAGGGGAUCACUUACAUCUCUGGCGGUCCAUCGUCAUGCACCCCUUGUAGCUAGCGGUUCAUCUAAGCAACUUAUCAAAGUGUUCAACCUGGAGGGUGAGCAGUUAGGCACUAUUAGGUAUUUGUCCACCUUUAUGGCUCAGAAGAUAGGAUCUGUAAGAUGUCUUACCUUCCACCCCUAUCAAAUGCUGCUUGCUGCUGGUGCAGCAGAUGCUUGUGUUUCUAUCUAUGCUGAUGAGGUCCCCCCACCAAGAUAAUAACUACAUAACUUCGUCUACAAACCUUCAGAUUGAGAGGCUAGAUUUUCAGACUUAUGGUGUUCCUUUAAGGUGGUCAGUGGUGGAUGCGUUGUUGACAUCUUCUGGUCCCUUGUCGGCCUCUCUGAAAUACUGAUUGGCUCGCUGAGAUUGCAGUUGACAUCUUCUGGUCAGUUGCGGUCAACCUCUCUCAAAUACGGAUUGGCUCACUGAAGUUGCAUGCUACUUAUUUAUUGAAAAUUUAGAGUCAGUAUCAGAGUGGUGGAAAGUUGAGAAGAAUCAACAUACUGGAGGGAAGCGUUGGAGAAUAAUUCGAUAGAGGUAAAAAGAUGUAGAUAUCUUCAUUCUUUGUUGUUAUAGU